UUAAUGCCGUUGGUGUAAUCGUUGACGGCGAACGAGACGUCUCCGAGUGAACGGUGAUUUCGUGAACAAAUUGUUCUUAUCGCUACUACAGAGAUAUGAAAUUAAUAUUGUUAUCUAAAAACUGUGCUGUUCAUUUAUACGAGUGUUGAUUGUGUGCUGUUGUGUAUUGAUUACAUCUGGACGUGUUAUUUGUGUGGAGUGUUUGACGGAGGAAUUGGGGAGAUAGCUUGUGUAAUUGUGCUUUAUUAGUUCAAACGUCUCUGUAAUCAGGAGAAAUGCAGGCGAUCAAAUGCGUUGUGGUUGGCGACGGAGCCGUCGGUAAAACAUGCCUGCUCAUCAGUUACACGACAAACGCCUUCCCAGGGGAAUACAUACCGACAGUAUUCGACAACUACUCAGCCAAUGUGAUGGUAGAUGGCAAACCGAUCAACCUGGGACUGUGGGAUACGGCGGGUCAGGAAGAUUACGACAGGCUCCGACCGCUCUCCUACCCACAGACCGACGUGUUCCUCAUAUGCUUCUCGCUCGUCAAUCCUGCCUCAUUCGAGAACGUGCGCGCUAAGUGGUUCCCCGAAGUGAGGCAUCACUGCCCGUCAACGCCCAUCAUCCUGGUCGGGACCAAGCUCGACCUCCGCGAAGACAAGGACACCAUCGAGAAGCUCAAGGACAAGAAACUCGCGCCCAUCACCUACCCGCAGGGCCUAAGUAUGUCUAAGGAGAUCAACGCGGUGAAGUACCUGGAGUGCAGCGCGCUGACGCAGAAGGGGCUGAAGACCGUGUUCGACGAGGCCAUCCGCGCCGUGCUCUGCCCCGUGCCGCCCGUCAAGAAGAGGCGCGCCUGUAGCCUGCUGUAGAGAUUCGCGUAGACAGCGGUGCCAAUGCCAGUGCCAGUGCGCAGCCAGCACGGCUCAGCACGACGUCGCUCGACACAGUGCUGUAUAUAAAGUGGACUGCAAACGCAUACAUACAUGUUAGUUACUGUUAACGCAUACUAAUGUAACGUGGGUCGGUGUCUCAUACCUAUUCUAUAAACGGUUUAUCCCCAACAACUCACUAUUGGGUGCUUUACUCUUCACGCGUUCUUUACUUUACAAAAAGUUACAUUCCUACAUUUGUUAAUAUCGCUUCGGUACAAAUUGUUUCAUGAAUUUUUCGAGUUGUUAAAAUUUUUGUUAGGCAGAGAUUAUAUUUUUGGAUUGUGAUGGUUUAUUUUUUUGUUCUCGCCUGUUUCAACGUAGUGGGUAUAAGUACAGUAUUCGUUAAGACGUUAACAUUUGUAUUCAUUGUGUAUUAAUGUAGUUAAAAAUUAAUCAAAUGACUUCCAUUAAAGCUAAUCUAACCGAUUUACUGUGUAUUUUAACCUAUGAAUAAUCCUAUCAAAAAUAGUGCGAGUAAAUCUACGUCGUGUAGUGUUUUAUAUUUGACUACGGCACGGUUUUAUAAAUAUUCGUUAGACUCUGUAAUUUUAUAUUGUUAUGGAAUAUAAAAGCAUGUGCUAUGAGUAGUAAAUACUAUGCUGUCAAAACCAUGUUGCCAAAAUGCCUCUUUCAAGACAAGAAAUAUCUAGUUUUCAUAUGACUAUCGGUACAAUAACCGGCAAUAACAUCGCACAAAGAGAAGGCCGAAAAAAUAUCUGACGCAAUUUUAUAAGUCAUAAGAGCGUGUCAGAUAUUUAUGCAGCCUCCUUUUCGUCCAUUGUUAUUGCCAGUGAUUUUACAAGAAUAUUGGUUCAAACCUAGGUCCACUAAAACAGUUCUCGAAAGAAUGAAAAAUUAUGAGUAUGCGUACAUAGUAUGCUCUGCAUACCUUCAUGAUCUGUCUUACACAAAAAAAAAUUACGUCUUAGAUGUUUAUAAAAUCGAGCCUACAACGUAACCAGUAUUACAGACAGGCAGACUCAAACUAGUGAUAUUUCCUUUGUGUACCGCAUGUGGGCAUGUUAAGUUAGUUUGAUGGAAGUCAAUUCGAGGCACACAGUGUGACAUACGUUAGAUACAUAUCGUUGGAACUGCGUAGCUAGAUGUAAACGCCCACUGGCGACUUAUAGGACAUGAUUUUUUGAUUUACUUUUUUGCGUUUUGUAUACUAUUGAAAUUAAUAGCGGAUAAACGCUGAGGUGAUCAGUAGCCUGUUUUGCUACAGAAGAUUACUAUUGCUUUUAAUUACCUACCAAUUAAUUUCUGUACUAAAGUUUUAUGUUACAAUUUUGUCAAAAAAUAAUUAAAGAAAAAAAAGAAUCUAUCCACCAAGCAAGGGGAAGCAAAGGGGAAUCUUUCCCCGAUUUUCAUUCUCCGUAUCAUAGUUUCAUGGUAACAGAUUAUUUAUAUCAAUUCUUAUCACUGAAUCUUGUUUCUUUAUAAAACUUGAAAACAUUGUUGACUACUUAAGGUUAAAGAAAUUGAUAAUACUUUAUCUUCAAGAAUUGUGAUAAUUUUAUCAAUAACAGUGGAGUUACUGUUAUUUUUAACUGAUUUUACGACUAUAAAGCGCCAGUGGGACAGAUUGUAUGAAAGAGGAUAAUUUAUAUUUUAUAGGCAUUAAAUAAUGUCAGAUCUAGCUUAUAGUUGUAUGGAGAUGUAGUCAUUAAUUAAGCCUAGCUUUGUAACUUUUGCAUGGUUGACAUAAGUAUGAAUUGUAAAUUAAGAAUUCUAAUAUCAAGUCCAGAAUAUUGUCGGCUUCAUGCGUCAAUUCCUGGUCAAAAUUUCUUCUAAUGAACUAAUAUUAUUUUUUUCUAAUGAACUAAUCUUUUUUUUUCCUGAACUGAUAGCAUCGGUCGCGCGAUAAAUGAGUACGUACACUCAUGGACUUUAAUUGUUGAGCCAUUUAGAGGCCACAAUAAUUUUGCUACGUCAAAGUUAAGCUAUGGCGUGUCCAGUAUAAAAUGAGCUAGAAGUGGAUAAACAAUUAAAGUCCGUGACUGUACGUGAUGCGCCAGGCAGUUUUUUCACACUAUUUAUAAGUGCGAUGGGGAGGACCCGUUUUAUCGUUUAUCACGCGAGUCACGCGACCAUGCUUGCCUGCCUGAUUUACUUAUACGUCUUAGAAAGACUUUCUAAGCAUUUAUUGUGUCAAAUAACUAUGUAGUUGUCUGAAAAAUAUUCCUAUAGAUAUAAAUUAUCCUCAAAUGAAUAAAUGAAUGUGCUAAGAAGUGCAGCCGGUUCUGUGAAAUACCGCACAACUAAUUUAGCAACAACUUUCAUAGGCUCGCCAUUCUCCGAGCGAUUUAAUGUAUAAAAGGCGAUCCGGUCACUGUUUUAACGGGGCAAAUGUAACAUAAUGCUUUUUGGAAGAUUUUGUAACUUUUUAUUGAAAUACAUAAGUUACAUCAUGAUCACGGAAAACUGAAGAUGGGUGGAUGUCAGAGUUGUGUAGACAGCGCGCGAUCUACCCUCCUUUGCGCCGGUCAAUAUAAGUCUAAUGAAACUAACCGUGAUUCAUUCAAAUCUCUUACUGAAUAUAUUUGCAUUCCUCUGCGUAACUUACUUUUAGGCAUCUUGCUUAAUAGUGCGAGAGGUACAAAUAUAGAAAGUAAUUACACAGUCAAAUUCGUGAUAAACGUACAUAAUGACCAAAAGCAUUAAAUUUACAUUUGCCCCAUUUUAUUUUUCGUAUAUGUAUUCGAAAGCCACUGGUUUUCUAAAUGUGAUGAUGGAUUUAGGCUUUAAUUGACUGCUUUUAGUCGCUUAUUUUACCUCUCACGCCUAACUUCACAUAGGUCUCAGUUCAGGUCUAGGUCAACUGUGGUAGGUUAAUUAUAGCCUGAAUCCCCGGAACAUGUAAUGUGUAAGUAAAAUAAGGCGUUUGCUUUGUGCAAUUGUUGAUGCUCAAAGAAUGGACGUUAGAUACGAAGAAUUUUGUAUAUUGGACCUGUCAUUUUCUAUCUCUGUCUUACUCGUCGUUGUCUCACCGAUGAUAUUGUCGGUCAAUGCCGCAGCGAGCGAGACGACAACAUGCGCGAGUGAUAGAGAUAGGAGAUGACGGGUCAAUGUACGAAAUUCUUGCAAAUUCAAGAAAAAGUUGCAAGUGACGACCGGUGUUAUGGUUAUUUUUAUUAUUGUAAGUUUCUGAAAGUCAGAAUUUGUUAAUUAAUUGAAGGAAUAACAACAACCGGCCGUAUUGUUUACCACCGACGUAAUAUAAAAAAAAAACACUCCUAUAAUGAAUAUAAACAUAAAAUUGAUUAGUACUGAGUUUUUUCAGUACAGUUUGAGCACCAACAUUUGCACAAAAUAAUGCAACGUAGCUGUAAGAUUUUAAUGUAUUGUUCAGAUGCAAAUAUUUAGAAGGAUCAGCAUGUAAAUAACGUAAUAUAGCAACAAAUAAAAUUUUUAAGCAAAGCACCGAAAACGGCGCUUUUUUUUUAUAAUAAUUGUGUAGAAUCAUUUUUAGACGGGCUUUGACGCAUUUUUUAUGUAAUAUAUAAGUAACUACAUUUUAAGAGAAACUUACUAAGUAUUCGCUUUGUUUAGUGAUUUUAAAACGUUAAUGUUUAAUUUUAAUGUAAUUUCUUAUGGAAUAUAACUGUCAGACACUAUUUAGAAAAUUCAGAAAUACGGUAUAUUUUAAUUAGACUUUCAAAAUGAGGCAAUAACGACGACUUAUGACUUUAACCAGUCAAAUAGAAAUGAUGAAUAUUGUUUUAUCUUGGUGUUAUAUUUCAUAACAUCAGCCUCAGUUUAUUUUUUACCAACCUAAAAAUCAAAGGCAAUUUAUUUCAAACCAACUUUACAUAACAAUGUUAUUUUAAAAGUAAGUUUUGAUGUUUGUCUUUAUUGGUGUUAGUAAUAAAUUGUUUCAAGUCCUAUGUAUAAAUGAUUUGUAACCAGUCCAUGUUAGUCUAUGUAUUCCUUGUAUCUGCUUUCAGGUAUAUAAUUAUUUUUGUAUACAGACUCUGGUUAGGACACUGUCGGAGUAAUUCUUCCAAAUAUUGUAAAGCCUCUGAAUAAUUCAAAAUAUAUUUAUAUUAACUGUUCA